AGUCUUGGUCCCGUGUCAGGGCAGUCGUGGUCCCGUGUCGGGGCUGUCGUGGUCCAGCAGUGUCACAUCGCUCUGAUCCGGUGUCGGGUGGUUCCUCUUGAUCGGGUGAUGGGAGGUCUUUGGUCCAGUGAAGGCUUGCUCGUAAUCCUGCGAUGAAUCCUUUUUCCUGAAAGGUUAUGGAUCGUUCGGUUUGAUGACAGGCUUAUAGAGGACCGAUGACAGGUCCCUCGCUUUCCCGUGGCAGUGCUGAAGGUGGAGGAGUGCCGUGCAGUGUAACCCUGCUUUUUCAGUCAUGGCUUGGAACGGGAAUCAUAGACAAUGGUCGCUUGGGGUCCCGACUCCCGUGACAGGUCACUCGGUUUCGAUGGUACAGGCCACUAGUAGGCCAAUGACAGUCUGCUUCCGGUGGCGCAUCCCACUCCUUCCGAAGAGGUGCCUCACUCCUUCCGGUGACGCGUGCCACUCCUUCCGGUGACAGAACCAGGCAUCAUGUGAGCCCCGGUGUCGGCCUAUCGGUGCCCGACCGCGCGCCGGUCCGCUCAUAAUCCAUAAACAGAGGUCAGCUGACCCAAUGGCCACGAGCGGCGCUGUUUACUCUGUUAGACACCACGCCGUGCCGCGACAGGCCGAGGGGGGCGACAGGCGCCGGCAUUGACCGUCACAGACAAUUACAGACUUUCACGGGAACGUCACGAGACUGUCACGAGACUGUCACAGGGUCGUCACGGACAUCACGGACUGUCACGACCCAUGGAUGAGUCCCCGUCACCCUCUGCCCCGUCCCCGUGCUGUCUGUGACAUGCGACACCGCCGGGUGCCGCUGCGGCUUCAGCUCGGGCUCGUGUUACGGCUCGGGCUGGGGCGGUUCGUCGGCUGGUGGCCGGCCGGGCCGGAUAGGUGUGCCGUGGCGGCGCACAGUACCGCGGCGGACGGGCACGAGGACAGUGUGGCGCCGAGCAGGGGUGACGAGCGGAGGCCUGCGCUGAGCGAGACAGGACCGGCGCGGAGCGGACACGCUGACACUGCUCGGAGCAGCCACUCAGGCAACGGCUGAUGUUCCGUCGAAGGCAGCGACUGCUGGCUUCAUGCGGCCUGUUCCUAGUCUACGUGGCGGUAUCACAGCUGGCAGCGCGUUACUCGGCCGGCCCUCCGUCAGAAACCCAUCCAGGAGGCCGCCGGCUGCUGCAGACGGUGGCCCUCUCGGAGCCGUCGCCGCCAGCGCAGCUCAACUGCAGUCGGCCGGCCAUCGAGCGGUUUCCGUCGAGCGGGCUGACCCAGGACCAGCGCCGACAUGGAGGCGUGGUGCUCUACAUCGCCGCCGCGCUCUACUGCUUCCUCGGACUGGCCAUCGUCUGCGACGACUACUUCGUGCCGGCGCUGGAGGUGACGGCCAACUCGCUGGGUCUGAGUGAGGACGUGGCCGGUGCCACUCUGCUGGCGGCCGGCAGCUCGGCCCCCGAGCUGGCCACCACCACCCUCGGCGUGUUCGUCACAAAGGACGACAUCGGUAUCAGCGGCGUCAUCGGCUCCGCCGUGUUCAACGCCAUGCUGGUCAUUUCGCUGGUCUCCCUGCUGGUCGAUGACAAGAUCCGCAUCAAGUGCUACCCCAUGCUCAGGGACAUCCUCUGCUACCUGAUCUCUAUCGCUGCCCUCCUCGCCGUCAUCUACGACAACUUCAUCGCGUGGUACGAGGCGCUGGCGCUGGUCUCCAUGUACGUUCUCUACUGCCUGGUGAUGUGGAAGAACCGCGCCAUCGAGCGCUGGAUCCUGUCCCGCUAUCUGAGCGCGCCCAGCGCCGAGAAGCGGUCACUGAUGACGCGCGACCACCAGCCGGCCGCCGCCGGAGACUCCGAGGAGGACGCGUCGGAGGCGAUAGAGCAGGAGAUGACUGCCAAUGUGCACGAGGUGCCGUAUGACGACAACGACACCUUCCGCUGGCCGGACGGCACUUUCAGUCGGGUGCUGCACGUGAUCUCGCUGCCGAUUGUGGUCGGGUGCUACCUCACCAUGCCGGACGUGGGGAAGCGGCGCUGGCGGCCCUGGUACCCGGUGACGUUUGUGGUGGCCACCCUGUGGAUAGCGCUCUUCUCCUACCUGAUGGUCUGGAUGAUCACCGUCAUUGGUUUCACGAUGAACAUCCCCGACACAAUCAUGGGUCUAUCAUUCGUCGCCAUCGGCGUCUCCAUCCCAGACGUGUUGGCCAGUGUGGCAGUCGCCAGGGACGGGUACGGUGACAUGGCGGUCAGUAACGCCCUCGGCAGCAACGUGUUCGACAUCCUCUUCUGCAUGGGCGUGCCGUGGCUGAUCUCGACGCUGCUCGUCUACCCGGGAUCGUACGUCAAAGUCGACAGUGGAGGGAUGCUGUACUCGACCGUGUUUCUGUUUUCGACGGUGAUCUUUCUGCUGGUGGCCACGUACCUGAGUCGGUGGACGCUCUCCAAGCCGUACGGCAUCAGCCUGCUGGUGUGGUACGCCCUGUUCCUCUCGGUGGCCUGUCUGUACGAGAUGAACUUCUUCGGUCAGAUGACCCUGCCCAUGUGUUCCAGCCUAGCCUGAACGGUGGCCGGUGCUACCAGCGUGCUGCAAACAUAGGUAGUCCGAGGACUGUGGACCAGCUCCCUCGCUUUGAAGUCGACUAGCUACGACCUCAAUCACAUGGUCUCGAAGAAGAAGCGAGGUUUAAACGUUGUUAGCGAAUAUCUCUCGACUCGGCCGAUAUAGGUAUCGGCAAAAAGCGAUGAAACCUAUUCGAAUCUCAUGUUGAACUAAUUCUUAUUGACGUUAUCAGGCGUCAGAUAUUACAUUCCAACUGAGUCCUAUGUAUGACCGCAGCGUGUUUGCUGAACGGUAGGACAGUGCCAUCCUCAAAGCAGACUCGGUGGGGUCUGUCGUGUCAAUGGCGCAUGCUACGCGCAUUCGUGACGGAACUAUUGCUGUUAGAUGGCGUCUGGACUUGUGUGACAUGGUGGAUCGGUGCUGUUCGGAUACGACAGGGAGGGCAGGUCUGAGGUCAUCGGUCUAUUUUACUAUCGGGGGGUGGUGUACUAUUCCGUGUCCUAUGCCAUAUCUCACGUGUAUUUCAAACGGUGUGGAAGGUUUCGAGCUCACUUUAUGCUGCCUUUCGAAUGUUGUACCAGUGUUCACUACGUAAUGCAUUGUUUCAAUACCAUAUACCUGUGUGGA